UCAUUGGACUAUCAUGCAGCUAUUAGAAAUUAUGAGAAAAUAUUUAAUGGCAUGGAAAAAUAUUCAGAAAUUUAAGUGAAGACAAUGGAAAACAAAAAAAAUUACAAAACAGAUCACUUCCUUUAAAAUAUCUCUAUAUUUAUAUAUAUUCAUACAGGGAGGAAAACAUUGUUAUUGUAUACCAGCCUAUUAACUUUGUUACCUGUAGGCUAAUGAGAUGGGUGACUUUAGUUUUUUCUGUUGCUUUAAAAAUUGGUGUAUGCUAUCCUAAGCUCCAGCAAAGCUGACCUAUUCUUCCCCCCUCUAAAUAAACUCUUUCUAGGCCUUUAUUCAUGAUGUUGCCUCUUUGAAGAAUUUUCUUCCUCUCUCCAUCCCCACCUCUUUACAUAUCCAGAUCCUGCCUGGAGUGCUUAUUCUCUCUCAAAGAAGCAACAAGGACCCAUCUGAUGUUAUAAAAGCAUAUUUUGAACACAAACGUUUGAAGCUUACAUUCCAUGACUCUGGUUUAUUUAGCAAUCUCCUUUUGUGAUCUGUGGAGGGAGAAAGAAGAUGGAAUCAUCUAGGAUUAGGGUUGGCCAGAGGCAAGGGAAUUGAGAGUGAUGGUUAACUGAGGUAGAGGGAAGGGAAAGGAAUGUUUUCAUUAACUACAUUUUUUUUAUUAAAUAAACUGUUUACCCUACUUAAUGCACAUUCACUUACUGUCUAUCUUGUCUCUCCCUUAAUGUGGGUGUGCUACAAAUAUUUGAGGCUAACAACAACAUAGUAAUGAGACAAGAUGCACUUUUCACAACCCUUGGACUUCGAUUAGUGGGUCCUUAUGAUAUCCUUGCCGGAAAACAUAAAAUGAAGAAAAAAUCAGCAAGCCUGAAUUUUAACCUUCACUGGAGAUUUUACUAUGAUCCUCCUGAGUUCCAGACCAUUAUUAUUGGAGAUAAUAAAACUCAAUUCCACAUGGGGUAUUUCAGGGAUUCUCCUGAUGAACUUCCUGUAUAUGUUGGUACAAAUGAAGCAAAGAAAAACUGCAUAAUUAUUCAAAAUGGAGAUAAUGUGUUCGCUGCAAUCAAAUUAUUUCUGAUGAAAAAACUUAAGGAAGUAACAGAUAAAAAGAAAACUAGUCUCUUGAAAAACAUAGAUGAAAAACUAACAGAAGCAGCCAGAGAACUGGGGUACCCACUGGAACAGAGAACCAUGAAGAUGAAACAGAGAGAUAAGAAAGUUGUGACAAAGACCUUUCAUGGUGCAGGCUUGGUUGUCCCAGUAGAUAAAAAUGGUGUUGGGUACAGAGAGCUCCCUGAGACGGAUGCCAACCUCAAGAGAAUUUGCAAGACAAUUGUUGAGGCACCAAGUGAUGAGGACAGACUAAAAGCUUUUGCUCCCAUUCAGGAAAUGAUGACCUUUGUGCAGUUUGCAAAUGAUGAAUGUGACUAUGGUAUGGGGCUUGAGCUGGGAAUGGAUCUCUUUUGUUACGGCUCACACUAUUUUCAUAAAGUUGCUGGCCAGCUUUUACCUCUUGCAUAUAAUCUGUUGAAGAGGAAUCUCUUUGCAGAAAUUAUUGAAGAUCAUUUGGCAAACAGAAGUAAAGAGAACAUAGACCAACUUGCAGCAUGAAUGAGAGUUGGCUUUCUUUUGGUGUAUAAUAUGUUAAAGGAUUAGUAUUAAACUUGUGAUUUGUUUUUAAGGAAUAGAGCAAAUAAAUUGAUGGAAAUAUUUACUAAAAUCUUUUA